UUAUUGUUUAUUUGGUAUAUGACUGGGACUUUUCUUCUGGUAACUCUUGAAAGCGGCACUGAAUUUUGUAAAAUGCUCAACUUACUUCCGUAUUUAUUGCAUCAUUGUUAUGGUGGUAGUUAUGUAGCAGCUUCCUCCAAAUCUUAUGGAGUAACUGAGCUUCUUUACUUAUUUGCGUUACUCAAUUAUUCUAUCGUAUCUGUUCAACAUUCACUGGUACCAGAAAACCCAUUUCUUCGCCCUACAAACGAAGUAUUGUAUACACAUACACAUAUUAUCAAUAAUGCAGUACAACUUGGUUGGACUGGUGAGAAAAUAUUUAUGAUUGCCUACUCAGCAAGUGAUUCGGUCAUCUUGAAGAUUGAUGCUGGUGGCCGAGUAAUAGCUGUUGAUUUUCAUAAUCUUCCAUAUGGCUUUCUUAAUUUUACACUUAUAUCGCCUGAACGUGGUGAAGGUGCUAAA